GGAAAGGGGUUGGCUUCCCUAGGGCAGGGAUGAGAUGCCGGUGUGGGGUUGCUAGGAGACGCGCCUGUAUGACCCCAGCCUCGCGAGGGAGGCUCGGUGUCAUCGCUGCUAGCCUCGGGAGACCCGCCGAAGGGAACUGGCACGCGGGCGAGAUCCUGCCUGGGACCCUUCAGACUUUACGAUUAUAAAUGGAAGGCGACAGGGGCAGUUGUAGGAGCCCGGAGAGGUGCCUGCCUCGAGAAAGGCCGCCCAAACGAUCCCGGAUGUAGGAAUCAGACUUCAGAGCUGUUGAACAGGAGCAGUUAUUCCUUGACUAAUUAAAAAUCUUGAUCCAAAAACUGUACAUCUGCCAGGCUGUCUACUAUUGAACUACAAUUUUAUGUAUAUCCUCUUACUCUCGUGGGCCUGACGAUGACAUCAGCGACCCGACAGGAAGUCCUCUGCCUCUACCGAAGCAUUUUCAGGCUUGCGCGGAAAUGGCAGGCAGCAUCAGGGCAGAUGGAAGACACCAUCGAAGAAAAACAGUACAUACUGAAGGAAGCCAGAACACUGUUCCAGAAAAACAAAAAUCUCACAGACCCAGACCUGAUUAAACAAUGUAUAGUUGAAUGCACAGCCAGGAUUGAGAUUGGACUGCAUUACCAGAUUCCGUAUCCAAGACCGAUCCACCUGCCUCCAAUGGGUCUCACCUCACGACGAGGCCGGGGACUUCAAACCCAGGAGAAACUGAGAAAACUUUCCAAACCAGUGUAUCUGAAGUCUCAUGAUGAAGUUUCCUAACAAAGAAGACACUUUACUUUUUAGAAUGGUGAACCAACUCGGUUUUGAAUGUAAACCAGGCAAUAUAUCCUCCUUGAUUAGAAGCAAAAAAAUUAGGUCUUGAUUCAGACCUACAAAAUUGGUCUUCACCUAUGACAUGUGGCUGCAGGCAUCCCUAGGUUUUUUUCUGGGUCUUGCUUGCUGCUUGAGCUGAUGACAUUGUUCCUAGAGGUCAUGGACUUUACAUCUUCACUGAAGUCGUCCUUGGGAGCUAUCUGAGACCUGUAGAGGAAGGCUAAAGGCAAUUCCUCGAGCUGCCAUUCAGUGUGCAUCUGAUGCAAAGAAAUUACCUAGUUGCUUCAAGUUCACACGGCUCCAGAACUGCUCCCAAAAUACUUUCUAGAGGUUUUCCCACAAGUUAUUUUCAUUUGCUUAAAUCUGGUUUCUGUAUAGGCUCUUUUUGUGGUCUCCUGACUCUUAUAAUUUCCAGAUUUUCUGACUUAUAAAGGGCAGCUUUGGAUUGAUUAUACUUCUUUGUUGUUUUGUUGAGUUUUGUGUGAGUAUGUGGAGAGGAUUGUUUUGAGACAGGGAUUUCCUAUGUAGCACUUGCUGGCCUAGAGCUCUCUAUGUAGACUAGACUAACCUUGACCUUGUGUUGAUUCUCCUGCUUCAGCUUCCCAAGGACUAGAAUUACAGACAUGAGUCACCAAACCCAACUGAUAAUGUGAUCCUUUUAAUGGAAAUAUGGAAUAACACCCUUCCUCUCAUUGAUGAUAAAGUAUAUUCCUUAAUUAAAUAUAUGUAUACCUUA